AUGCACAAGAAUCCCCACACAACCCCAAAACCCAAGUCCAAAAUCCGGAUAAUCCACAUAUUCGCGCCGCAGGUGAUCAAAACCGAUGCCGCUAACUUCAGGGAGCUUGUCCAGAGGCUCACCGGAAAGCCGUCUGACGAAGAGAAGGUCGCCAAGAAGCCAAAGGUGUUAGUCGAGCCUGAGCCGAAAAACGAAAAUAUUAAUAUGCUUUGCUCGAACGAGAAAAUGGAGAUGAUGGCCGGAUUUCAUGUAGGGGGAGAAGGGUUUAGAGAGAAGAUUAAAGGGGAGGAAGAGAUUUGGAGAGACGCUAAUACGGGCGGCGGGUUCUUGGAGUUUGAUGACGACGAUGAUGAUGUCAUCGGUGGUCAUCAUGGGUUCUUGAAGGAGAUUAGCAAUGUGGAUCAGUUUCCAUUUAUAGAAGGUACAACUCAAGAUGAAUGCUUUUGA